AUUCACUCAUUAAACACACCCGCCUUUAUAGUAACCUCCUCUUCGUCAUGUGACUCACUCUUUGUUCUCUUUCCUUUUCUGUUUCAGCUAAUUCAUUCCCAUUUAAUUCUCUCUCAAUUUCUUGAUUUGGUUCGGUUCUUAAGGACCAAAUCUUUAUGAUGAUUGAGUGAGAAAACCUUCGGCCUUUUUGUUUGUUUGUUGUUUCAUCUCAAAUGAAAUGAAGAUGGCUACUUCUAGCUCUUCAUUCUUCGUUUUUGUUCUUGUUUUUUUGCCUUCUUUGAGCUCUGUUUCAGCUGAUGGACCCCAUGAUGAUCCUGUCAAGUUCAUUCUAGGAGAACAUAAUUUAGGAGCCUGGAAGAAUGAGAUUUAUGCUUCUGCAGAAGCUCCGGGGCCAGCUCCGCUAGAGUCUCUAGUGUUGGCAGCAAACAGGACCAAGAGGCCUGACAUUCUUAAUCGGUUCAGGCGAUAUCGGGGCGGCUGGGAUAUCACCAAUAAGCAUUACUGGGCUUCUGUUGGAUUUACGGGUGCGGCUGGCUUCAUUCUGGCAGUGUUCUGGUUUGUUUCAUUUGGCGUGGCUCUUGUGAUACAUCAUUUCUGUGGAUGGAAAAUAACGAUUGAAGGCGAAGGAUCAGCUCGAUCGCAGAGAAUUUGUUUGAUCUUGCUCAUAGUGUUCACUUGUGCUGCAGCGAUUGGAUGCAUUCUUCUCUCGGUUGGGCAGGAUGAAUUUCAUGGUGAAGCUUUGCGUACUUUAAAGUAUGUUGUAAACCAAUCAGACUACACUGUGGAAACCCUGAGAAAUGUUACAGAGUAUCUCUCCCUAGCAAAGACUAUUAAUGUGGCCCAGAUUUUCCUUCCUUCUAAUGUCAUGGAUGACAUUGACAAGUUAAAUGUGGAUUUAAGUACUGCAGCAAAUACUCUGAAUGAGAAGACCAGUGAAAAUUCUGCUAAAAUAAAAAAAGUCUUCAAUGCUGUGCGAUCUGCAUUGAUAACUGUAGCAGCAUUGAUGCUUCUCCUAUCCCUCAUUGGUCUUCUCCUCUCUAUCCUUGGGCACCAGCAUGCAAUUCAUAUAUUCAUUGUGAGUGGAUGGUUACUAGUGGCAAUUACAUUCAUUCUAUGUGGAGUAUUCGUAAUCCUUGACAAUGCAGUAUCGGACACCUGUAUGGCCAUGGGUGAAUGGGUAGACCAUCCUCAUGCCGAGACUGCUCUGAGCAACAUUCUUCCAUGCGUUGACCAGAAAACAACAAACCAAACUCUCAUUAAGAGUAAACAAGUCAUCACUGACAUUGUCAAUGUCGUCAAUCAAUUUAUAUAUUCUGUUGCCGAUACAAAUCCAUCUCCAGAUUACCAGUUUUAUUACAAUCAGUCUGGACCUAUGAUGCCUGCACUAUGUUACCCAUAUGACUCUCAGCUACAAGACCGUCAGUGUGGGCCUCAAGAAGUCUCUGUAGCAAAUGCUUCUGAGGUUUGGCAGAACUACACUUGCAAAGUUGAUGCAUCUGGGCUGUGCAGGACUGCCGGAAGGGUGACCCCAUACUUCUAUGGGCAGUUGGCAUCGGCCGUGCAAGAAAUCUAUGCUCUUGAGCAUUACACCCCACCUUUACUCAGUCUUCAGGAUUGCAAUUUUGUCCGGGACACAUUUCAAAACAUCACCUCGAACUACUGCCCGCCAUUGGAGCACUAUCUAAAAAUUGUAAAUGCAGGAUUGGGUUUAAUCUCAAGCGGAGUCUUGCUCUGCCUCGUUCUUUGGAUACUCCAUGCGAACCGCCCCCGAAGGGAGGAAGAGUUUGUGAAACUAUCCUUACCAAUAAAAUGCAUAAGUGGGAUUCAGAAGAAAAAUGUUAGCGAAUAUAGCAAUAAUCAUGUAUCAAGGCCGAACACUUCAAGUGAAGUCUAGAUGUUGUAGUAUACAAUUUAGUAUAAAUAGAAAAAACAGUUGGUUAUUAAUCCUGAGUUUUGCUGUAAUCCCUAUUAGGGGAAGGAACCAAAAUGGGGCGAAGCUCCAUCUUGAGUUGUAGGCAUAUUAUAGCCAUUUCUAGUGUACUCUGUUACCUGUGUAUAGUAAAGUAAAAGCAAUUAGUUGUUAAUUGGUAUGCAUUAAUCUCUUUCCCUUUUGUGGGAUUUUGGCUUUAUCUUCUUCUCUAUUAUCAUUAAUAAUA